UUAUUUAAGUAUUGCAAUAUAGUUUUUCAUGUCAUUUCAUACAUUUUCAGAUUGAGAGGAUGAACAAAAUAUCCUUGAACUUGCUUGUGUGACAAUGGAUACAGAUACCAGUAGGAGUCAGUUUUCAAUGGAUGUCCCUGACUAUGAGCGAGAAGAGUUGCUGGAAGAAGAUGAAGAUGAAGCUACUACAGGUUCCUCUGCAUCACAGACGCUGGCAUCUAAUCAGUCCAAUGUUUUGUUUGAAAUGGCUGACCUCAGUUUCUUGGACAUCAGCUGGGAAACUGAGUCUAAAACUGACAAUGUUGUAAACUUUAUCAAAGAUGAAAAAUUUGAACAAGACACUGAAGAGGGUUUGCCAAAAUUGGAAGAAGAAAGUUUUGAAUAUGCUGCUCUAAGUUCUUCAGUAAAGCCAAAGUCUAUUUUGAAGAAGCCCAAAAACAUUUCCAGCACUGAUGUGGAUGCAAAAGACUUCACAUUCCCAUCCAAUGCUUUUCUCAAGAACUGUGGCAUGGGAUUCUGUAGCAGCUUGAGUGAACUCAAGAGAGAAGUAGCUCUGCUUGGCUGGAAAUUGGCUCCAGAAUUGCAAGCCAUCCACUCGGAAAUAUUACAGCUUGCCAGCUAUUGCCCCAGACUGUCUGAUCUUCUUCUAAGAAAUUUCGAUGGGAAAAUAGUGGACUACUUUGCUGCAAGUGAUCUCGGCUUCACCAAGGAAGAUGUUGACAUGUUGAAAGAGCUUACUGUGAAUCUGGGAAUCUUGUUUUCCAAGGAUGGCUGGCUGUAUGCUGGUAGCCAACUUUUGCUCUUCACAACUGAUCAUUGCAAAAUUCUACAGGCUUUUUCGUGCAGAUUUGUUCUGCGCUCAGCAAAGCCUCUAUUGCAGCUUCUGGAAAAGAACUACAUCUUUGUUACGAAGCCAGCUUCAUCUCACACCAAAUGCGGUUGCCUUACCAACCCUCUCAUCAAAUUCCCUCAGGUUCUUCAGAACAUACCCAUACACGUUCUAAACCCAUACUACAACCUGAGGGACUCUUUCACCACGCCCCAUGGCAUUGCUGCUCAGAAACUUGCACUUCUUGGUCGUGGUCGCCGACCCUGGCGUGUGGUGAUCAUCUUGGACCAGCGGCUCUUCCCUGGCUUGGACAUGACGCGGCUUGUAUCCGUCCAGUGCGAAAUCCUCGUGCAAGAAAAUAUGGACUUAGCUGGGGUUCUGACGGCCAUUGAACAGCAUCCUCGUUACGCAACUGACAGCGUUCUUUUUGUGGUCAUGGCUUGUUUCGGAACAGUCGUUGAAAGCAGCAUAAUUAAACAUGAGUCCGAACCUGUGGCUCGACACAGAAACAGAUUUGAACGUUGCUCGUCACAGACUCGUGAUGGGGAUGAGGAAGCUGAUUAUGACGAUGAAGUUCAAAAUAUUGAGCCCAUGGAUGCCUCAGAAUGUAAACCAGAGUUGGAAGCAUUCAAUUUAGAAGAAGACGCAUCCCCUGCUGAAGACAUGGGUGCUGCUCUAGCUAACCAUGUGAUUGAUUCGGCUCUCACUUUGUGGCGUUCAGUGCUGUGUGGCACUAAGGAUUCUGAUGUGGCAUUUGUGGCGUUGCCGCGACCUUCUGAUGCGAGUGCAAAACUGCACUGCAAGCAUCCAAGUCAGCCCAUGAAGGCAUGUGAGACUGAACACUCAGGACCAUCCUGCAACGCCAUCGUGCAGUGCGCAACGUUGCAGUACAACCGCUGGUGCUACAUGCAAAAUUUUGCCAUUGGGCGCCUGCAAAAUCUUUCAUUGCUUGAAUCAUUUGUUAAGCAACCUAAAGCCCCUAUGAAAAUGGGAGACAUCAGCGCCCAGCUGCCUUCUGUGGCCGAACUCACCCUCUACCUCACGGCUCUCGUCAACACCGUCAAGAGAGAUGCUUCGCUUCAGCAGAGUUUUGAACGUCCAGCUCAGCUAAGAGUGCCUCAGCUGCGACGCUUCAGUCGAGCGCUGUUGGUGGUGGAGACCGCGUUCGCUCCGGCCCUGAAGAAGCUUCUCCACCAGCGAUGCUUGCAGGUUCAGGCUGAGGUGACGACCGUCCCCGACUGGAGCUCGUCACACACUGACGGCAUCCUCAACUCGCUAGGCGGGAGCCAGCGCACCCUAGUGGCGGUGGUACCAAGUUGGCUAUCAGGCAUUUGGCCGGGCCAUUCGGGGGCCCAAGAUGUUGAGAAGGGCAUCCAGCGCCUAAAAUCCUUCAUGCGGGCUUUGGAAUGUAGCAUUCCUGAAAACUCGAGUGUUCUUCUUCUUCCUUGUCUCCCUCUGCAUUGUGUACUCAGCGACUCAAAAUCUAUUGAGGAAUCCAUGGACGAUCCUCUGCCGCUGGGCGUCCAGUUACUCGAGAUCAAACAAUCAAGUGUAUCCCGCGCCCACGCCCUGUAUCGCUCCUUCAGCAGCGCUGUAUGCCAUGAAGUCCUUGCCAAUUUAUCCAAAGAGUCGCUGCAUUGUGAGGCUCUAGAAGCUUUUGCUGAAGAAAUAAGUUGUGGAAAAACUUCUCUGGCUGCUGAUAUGUGUUCCCAAAGUGAGAGUUAUCCUGACGUUUGCUCGACGCUUUUUGGAUUGUACAGUCGCGUGCUGCACGAGUUGCUCUUUACUGUGUGCAGCGGGUGCCCCACACAGCGGUUGCUUACAUUGGAUGACUUCCAGUUCUGUGACACUUAUUACAGUCUCACGCAUCUUGCGGAUUUGUCUUCCAAGACUCGUAGGUACAAGAAGGUUUUCAUCAUCGGCGAUUUGGGGUUAAGGUCCAAAGUGGGAGAGACAUUGAAGAAUGACGACCGCCUGCAGCUGAUGCCCAGUAUCUCCUUCUCAGAUGACUCCAUCACCGAGCUGCUUGAUAUACUCAGUUCACAACCCCCCAAUGUUUUGCUGUUGUUCCUCGUGGACGUGACACUUUUCGCCGACAGAAGAGCCUAUCCUGAUUGCCAAAGCAAACGCUGCGUGAAUAAAAUUCAACGCUGUCAUCUUGAUGCCUCAGUGGACUGGCAGGACGACAUUGCCGUACAGUCUUUGGUGCACUCAACCCUCGAGUCUGUAUCAGAAAAACUUCUAAGUGUGAAGCAACGACUGCCUCACCAAAGCAGCGUGUUACUUCUGCCUGGUGCUCCUGAUCGACUGUUGCUUCAAAGCGAAGAAAAAAAUUACUGGAAUCACACGCUUCUUCACGCGACUUUCUGGACGCCGGAUUCUGGAAACGCCAUGGCCUAUGGAGAGAAGGAAACCUGGGACCGAAUUUAUCUUAAUCUGGCCCAGGAGCUGAUCAAGCCUGAGUAUCAAAUGGACCCUUCACUUACCGGGGUCUUUGCGCCGCUUCUGCACGAUGUGGAGUUCACGCUCAACUGCGCUAACAACCCUCGAUUGUAUUCUGAAGAAAGUUUUCCUGAAAGGAGUCAAUGGCUUUUACUGAUGAAAGACAUCCUCACCAAGGUCUUCAAACUUGUCUUCCCGGUUGGCGGAGUGUCUGAAGAGGAUUCUGCUAAAGCCGAGUCCAUCAAGACCGCCGUUCAUCCCACCGCUGGUAUCCCGGAAAAAACUGCACCUCCAACUCCACCUCCGGAGACCACCGGCGCCUCCGCAUCUGCUGGCUCCGUAGGUCGUCCAUCUCCUGCCUGCUCACCGAUGUCAAAUCACUCCGCCUCGUCGUCUGCUGCUAAGGAAACUUCGGAGGAUUUUUCUCAGAACUCGGGGUUCCUUGGUGAACCUCGGGAGGUCGUCAUUCAAAGUGGAUACGUUGAACUGCCGCAUUCGUUCGUGUGCGCUCUCGUCGCGCCUUUCGAGCCUCUUGAUGAAGUGACCAAAGCUGAGCACCGGGGCUACAAAGUGCAGCUCCCUGACACCAUCCGCACGGCUUUGUUCGUGUCUCUGCUCCACAACUUUCGCUGCUGCUUCGUUCACAUCACCGUCACCGUAACCGACUUUGAAGGCCAGACGCUGCCUGCCUGCCCUCUGCGUGAGAAACAGCGACUGCAGCAGUUGCUCCUCCCGAAACUGAAGCUCUUCUUCCUGACCUGCGACAAUAAAUACACGGAACAAAUCAAACUUGAUGACUCAUUUUUCAAAAACCGCUUGGAGGAGAAAGAUUACGUGGAAGGCCUUGACGCGAGUUUGUUGUAUCUGCACCGAGAGCUGCAGUACCUCCACCAUCACCAUCAACAGCACAUCAGAAACGACAAAAUACUGGUGAUUGUGGUGACUCAAAACGCUGAAGACGCCAGCAUCCUACGCCUCACUCUUCAAGAAUCCCUGCUGAACACCACGCGCUUUCCUCAAGGCCCUGGCACCGCGGUGCUUUCAUUUGUCACCAGAGAUUCUCAGAAAACUUCAGGCAACGUGGUUAUCGGCACGGUGCGUUUCGUGCUGGGUAUCGUGCGCAGUGGUGGAGACCCGAGCUGUCUGCAGCUUCUGAUCAUUGAGGAACUCAAGUCCCUCAUGACCUCGAAUGAGAAGGCUCCCCUCCUGGAAAUUGUGUCCUGGAUGCGGGCUACAAACAGUCGAGCACGCCCAGUGAUAGUGAGUCGUAAGUCGUGCCAGCAGGAGCUGUCAGGAGCCAACGCGCUCUUCGGAUGUCAGCUGCGCCUCAUCACGCGCUCCGAGACCGGGACGGCCAUCACGCAAGCAUACGACCCCAGCUCACUGCCACGGGUGACCAUUAGCGGGUACCCUCCUCCUCGCAUCAGCAAAGGCCCGGGUAAUCGGCCCUGCAAUCCACCAUCAUCUGCCGUGGGGCGAUGGCCUAACUUUGCUGGACAAGCUAACCGUCCCGCUAUGCCAACUCAUGCUCCCAUGAACGUAAUGUAUCGCCAGCCCGGUGCCCGCCCCAUCAUGGGUGCGGGUGUCAACCCACAGUCCAUGCCUCGGGUACCUACGAUGGGGACGAAUACUCGUAUGAUGAUUCCUGGCACCCGGCCUCCUGCCAUGCUUACAAGUCCUGGGCUCCGUCCACCGACAAUUAUGAGACUUGGAGAUCGACCGCCAAGCAUGAGUUAUGGACAGCGUAUGCAUGCGCCUGCUGUCGCUCCAAAUGCACGUCCACCUUCAAUGGGCUUCGUCAACAGAUCGCGAGGACCCACUAUGGGCCCUGGAGUACCGCCUCCGAGUAUGGGCCGUGGAAUUCCUCCUCCGUCCCUGGGCCGUGGAGUUGCUCCUCCGUCCAUGGGUCGUGGAGUUCCUCCACCUUCCGUAGGCCGUGGAGUUCCUGCACCGUCCAUGGGUCCUCGACUUCGACCUGGUGUGGGUCCAUCGGCGAUGAUGAAUGCAAGACCUCCGAAUUAUACGGGCGGAAGUUUCGUCUUCCAGUCCGGUUCUCAACCUGCAGGUUCUAAAACAUGGCCGACUUUGGGAUCCGUUCCUCCUCCUCCACCUCCGGGCACGAGUUCAAAUUUUAACCAACCGUUUCGGCCGCAAACGUCACAAUGGAAUUCGCCGUAUCCUCGAAUGCCAAGUACGAGUGGUGCAUCAACAGUAGCAAAAAUGAUACAAACUACCACCAAGACUUGCGGAUUCGGAUAUGACCAGUCAUCUGAAGACUCCUUGGACACAAGGAAGAGAUACCGUUCUCGUAGUCAGUCACCAACCAGCGAUCGUUCCAAGACUAUUUCAUCUCAUGAGCAAGAUGCUGGGAAGAAGUUUCGCCCAGACAUUGAGUCGAGAUCGUCCGACGACCUAACGUUGUCGUCUGAUGAAGAAUCACGUCUAAGAUCUGAGCUGGAAGUCGAGUUUCAGACGUAUGUAACGAAUCCCGAGCUACAUCCCAACUAUUGCGAGCACCGCGAGGUAUUCAUGGAUCUCUAUGACGAACAAAUAAGGCGUAAAGAUGGAUCUACGGUAGAGCAGGAGUGGAACAACGUAUGGAAAGGGAUGGUAAACGAUCUCAUGGAAGAGGAAUUCACUAAGCGCAAGGAUGGGCUCAUUGCUGCCAAAACUAACCGAGCGUCACGAAGCACCAGCAUGGGUAGUAGCGUUGGGAGGCAGGGCCAAUCGCUUGGUUACGGCGGUGCUUCGGACAACAAAUGGCCUGGUUAUGCUUCUGUAAAUAAAUCAGAAUACUAUCAUGAGUCGGGUAACGAUAGCAACAACUAUGGAGCUAAGAAAGCAACCGCAUACACAUCUGAAGGUCAAAAUAGUUCGAAUGGACAAUAUGGCGUUCAGCCACACGGGGAGUCAUCUAACGCAUCCUGGGGUUCUUCCGCCCAAACAUCGAGGGAUGAGUCGUACUGGAAAGUGCAGAAAAGUGAAGCAAUCGGUAAUAAUGGCAGUACAUUGCAGGAGCUCGACCGUGAUCUGGAUCCGACAACCCUGGCCCAGCGGACUCGAGGGUUGAGUACCGUGGAGUUGGCCGUCCUCAUCAAGCAGCUCAUCAGAGACAAAAACAUUCCGAGAGCCGAUGAAAUGUUCAAGAAAAUAUUUUCCGCUGUGGCAGACCUUCACUUGCAGUUUGUCCAGGAAGAACUUUCGAUCUGAGUUUAUUGCUGUACGCAUGCUACCUGAGAAGUUGUCCAAGAAGUGCCGCAAUUAUUUUAAUGGUACGAUUCAAUGAUUUAUGUCAGUAUACAUAUUUGGUUUAAUGGCAAUGAUUGAGCAUGGAUAAGUUUUGAGGAGCAAGCUAAUGCAACUGCUUCAUUUGUAGCCAAGGAGGAUCUUUUUUAUAUUAAUAUUAUAUAACCUAAGGAGUAUUCUAUCAGCCAUCAUUAGUUAUGAGGAAUUCCGUUUGAUAUCUAAAUGCGAGGUCACUUUACUGCAUUAAUCUUUUGCUCGUUAGCUUUUUUGCACUAAUCUCACACGCACAUCAUUCGGUGUGAAGUGGGACAAACAAUAUAACACUCGCAAGCAAAAAAUUGCUCGUGCAGUUGUAAAAUGAUGCAACUGAACGGACUAAGGAGGAUUUGCUGAGGUAACCUUAUUAGUAACUACGUAUUUGAUAGUAAACUCGUUUGCAAUUAUCGGCAAUUUAACAUUCUCGUCCGAAAUGGUGUUUCAAUCAGUUCAGUAAAGUAAGAAAGUACAAGUAAAGAUUCAUUUUC